AGUGUACACACUACUCAGACUAUAGUACUGAAAUUAGGAGAGAGAAACAAAAUCAAUGAAAGGUUAAAACCCCUCCUUUUUCACCUCAACAACGACUCAUUUUCUCUCUCUUCACUGCAUGUACAGCACCUUAAACCCCUUCAUUUCUCUCUCUCUCCUCUUCUCCUACGAAAUUACGAUUUCGCUGCCGAAAUUCGUCAAAUUCUGGGUUUUUUUAGAGGGGAAAUUUAGGGUUUAGCGUCGAACAAUUUGUGUUGUAUUGACUGAAAAGCUAAUCAGUCUGUUGAUUUUGGUGUGUCAUUCUCUUGUAUGCCAGUGUAAGAUUGAAUCAAGUUUUGUGCUCUUCAGAAGAUGGAGGAAAGUGUGGCUUCAAGUGUUCCUGACGGAGAGUUAAUUGGAAUUAAGUUUGGCUUGGCAAGCCAUCAUGAAAUUAGAACGUCAUCGAUUAGUGAUUGUCCUAUUAGCCAUGCUAGUCAGUUGGCAAAUCCCUUUCUUGGCCUGCCUUUGGAAAUGGGUAAAUGCGAGUCUUGUGGUACAGCAGAACCAGGAAAGUGUGAAGGUCAUUUCGGCUAUAUUGAGUUGCCGAUACCUAUAUUUCAUCCGUCUCAUAUCAGUGAAUUAAAACGUAUGUUGAGCUUAAUAUGCCUCAAAUGUUUGAAGAUGAAGUCAAAUAAGUUUCCACUGAAGAGCAAUGGUGUCAUGGAGAAAUUGUUGUCAGCAUGUUGUGAUGAAGCCUGCCAAGUAUCUAUCAAAGAAAGCAAGAACAAUGACGGGGCUUUCUUUCUGGAGUUGAGGAUACCUGGCAGAUCAAGAGCGCAAGAAGGUUGCUGGAACUUUCUGGAAAGAUACGGUUACCGAUAUGGGGACGGCUCUGCUAGGACGCUGCUUCCAUCUGAGGUUUUAGUGAUGUUGAAAAAACUACCAGAAGAUACAAGAAGGAAGCUUGCCAAAAAAGGAUACGUCCCCCAAGAUGGGUACAUAUUGCGCUAUGUACCGGUUCCACCUAAUUGCUUAUCGGUUCCAGACAUAUCAGAUGGAGUCAGCGUUAUGUCCUCAGAUCUAUGCUCAGCAAUGCUAAAGAAGGUUCUGAGGCAAAUUGAGGUUAUCAGAAGCUCCCGAUCUGGUGAACCCAAUUUUGAGUCGCAUGAAGUUGAAGCAAAUGACUUGCAAGUAGCUGUUUCACAGUAUCUUCAAGUCAGAGGCACUGGCAAGGCUGCACGUGAUGGUGACAACCGCUAUGGGGUAAGCAGAGAUGGCAAUAACUCAUCCUCAAAAGCUUGGGUUGAGAAGAUGAGAACUCUCUUCAUAAGUAAGGGAUCCGGAUUCUCCUCACGUUCUGUCAUUACAGGUGAUGCAUAUAGACCUGUGAAUGAAGUUGGUGUGCCCUCUGAGAUUGCCCACAAAAUGACAUUUGAAGAUAGAGUGAAUAUGCAUAAUAUACAAUACUUGCAGAGUCUGGUAGACAAGAACUUAUGCCUCACAUUUAGGGAUGGUUUGUCAACAUACUCAUUGAGAGAGGGUUCAAAGGGACAUACCUUCCUUAGACUAGGACAAGUUGUUCAUAGGAGGAUUAUGGAUGGGGAUAUAGUUUUCAUUAACCGACCUCCUACUACUCACAAACAUUCCCUGCAAGCCUUGCGUGUCUAUAUUCAUGACGAUCAUGUGGUCAAGAUAAACCCUCUUAUGUGUGGACCCUUGGCUGCGGAUUUUGAUGGGGACUGUGUCCACUUGUUUUAUCCCCAGUCGCUGUCUGCCAGAGCAGAAGUCUUAGAGCUAUUUUCUGUAGAGAAACAGUUGCUGAGCUCACAUAGUGGAAAUCUUAAUCUGCAGCUGGCAACUGAUUCACUUUUGUCUUUAAAGACUAUGUUUAAAGUGUAUUUUCUAGACAGAGCAUCAGCACAACAGUUGGCAAUGUAUGCAUCUAAUCUUUUGCCAUCUCCUGCACUAUGGAAAGCAUGCUCUUCUGGUCCUCGCUGGACUGCGCAACAAGUUUUGCAGACUGCUUUGCCCCCUCGAUUUGAAUGCCAUGGGGAUAGACUGUUGAUUCGUGAUAGCGAAGUAUUGAAAUUAGAUUUCAAUCGGGAUGUAAUGGCAUCAGUCAUCAAUGACAUUCUUGCAGCCUUGUUCUUCAACAAAAGCCCCAAAGAUGCUAUGGACUUUUUUGACUCUCUGCAGCCUCUUCUGAUGGAAAAUCUUUUUGCUGAGGGUUUCAGUGUUGGGCUAGAUGAUUUUUUUUUCGACAUGUCUGAGUUGGAAAAUACUCAACAUGAUAUCCAAGAUCUUUCAUCCUUACUAUUGCAGUUGAGAUCAUCCUUCAAUGAAUUAGUACAUUUGCAGUUCGAAAGUCAUAUUAGGCAACUUAAAGUACCAGUAGCAAAUUUCAUUUUGAAGUCUUCAGCACUUGGAAAUUUGAUUGAUUCUCGGAGUGAUUCAGCUAUCGAUAAGGUUGUGCAGCAAAUUGGAUUCUUGGGACUGCAACUUUCUGAUAAGAGAAAGUUCUAUUCCAAGAGCUUGGUGGAGGAAGUGGCGUCUCUUUUCCACCAAAAAUAUCCAUUUGCACAUAAGUUUCCUGCAGAGGAGUUUGGACUGGUAAAGAGUUGUUUUUUCCAUGGCUUGGAUCCUUAUGAAGAGAUUGUUCAUUCCAUUGCUACCAGGGAGGUAAUUGUUCGUUCAUCAAAAGGACUUGCUGAGCCUGGAACACUGUUUAAGAAUUUGAUGGCAGUUCUGAGAGAUGUUGUCAUAUGCUAUGAUGGCACAGUCAGAAAUAUCAGCAGUAAUUCAAUCAUUCAGUUUGAGUAUGGGGUUGGAGGGAUGCCUUCCCAGAGUUUGUUUCCUGCUGGGGAGCCUGUUGGAGUUUUGGCAGCAACAGCCAUGUCCAAUCCUGCUUAUAAAGCUGUUCUGGAUUCAUCUCCCAAUAGUAAUUCUUCUUGGGAUAUGAUGAAGGAAAUAUUGUUCUGCCGCGCAAAUUUCAAGAAUGACAUGAAUGAUCGCCGAGUUAUAUUAUAUCUGAAUGAUUGCUGUUGCGGUAGGAAGUAUUGUCAAGAAAAUGCAUCCUGCCUUGUUAAGAAUCACCUGAAGAAAAUUUGCCUCAGAGAUGCUGCAAUUGAGCUUUCUAUUGAGUAUAAACGGCCAAAGCUUGAACCUGAAAGUGUUGAUAUAGAUACAGGACUUGUUGGUCAUAUUCAUCUGAAUGCGGUUUUGCUGAAGGAAUCAGGCAUUUGUAUGCUUGACAUCCUACAAAAAUGUGAAGAACAAGUUAAUUUGUUACGUAAGCGGAAGAAGUAUGGUUAUCAUUUCAAGAGGAUACUUCUGUCUGUGAGUGAGUGUUGCUAUUUCAAGUAUUCUAAUUGUAAGUGGACUGAGAUGCCAUGCCUGAAGUUCUUUUGGCAAGACUUGGCUGACUCUGAUUUGGAGAGAACAAAACAUAUUAUGGCUGAUGUGAUCUGCCCAAUUCUAUUAGACACAAUCAUUAAAGGUGAUCCUCGAAUUUCUACUGUAAACAUUAUCUGGAUAAACCCAGGCACAACAACUUGGGUGCAGAGUCCCUGCAGCAAUAGGAAAGGUGAAUUAGCGGUGGAAGUUACAUUAGAGAAGGAAGCAGUCAGGCAAAGUGGGGAUGCGUGGAGGAUUGUUUUGGAUUGCUGUCUGCCUGUUUUCCAUUUGAUUGAUUCUCAGCGUUCAAUUCCAUAUGCCAUAAAACAAAUCCAGGACCUGUUUGGAAUUUCAUGUGCCUUCGAUCAAGCUGUUCAGCGCCUCUCAACAUCUGUGACUAUGGUCACAAAAGGUGUGCUUAAAGAGCAUUUGCUUCUCUUGGCUAGUAGCAUGACUUGUGCUGGGAAUUUAAUUGGCUUCAAUAUAAGUGGAAUCAAGGCACUAUGUCGUGCACUGAAUGUUCAAGUGCCAUUCACUGAGGCAACUCUAUAUACACCACGAAAAUGUUUUCAGAGGGCUUCUGAGAAGUGCCAUGUGGACACCCUAGGAAGCAUUGUAGGAUCAUGUUCGUGGGGUAAGCGUGUUGCUAUUGGUACUGGCACUAAGUUCGAUAUUCUAUGGGAGACGAAAGCGGUGGGAGAGUCUGAUAAAGGAACAGAUGUUUACAACUUCCUUCAUCUUUUGGGUGGUUCAAAUGAGGAAGGAAUUGAUACUGGGUGCUUGGGUGAAGACAUUGAGAAUUUUGAUGAAGUAUACACAGAGCCACCUCUGUCCCCUGAACAGGAAGAUAAGGCUGUCUUUGAGGAGCAUCUUGAAACUGAUGAAUCAAGCUGGGAUGGAUUGCCUACCUCUGGCUCAGCAGAAGGUGGUGGUUGGUCAAGCUGGGAAUCGAAGAAAGAUCUGCCUUCGUCUGGCUCAGCAGAAGGUGGUGGCUGGUCAAGCUGGGAAUCGAAGAAAGAACUGCCUUCCUCUGGCUCAGCAGAAGGUGGUGGCUGGUCAAGCUGGGGAUCAAAGAAAGAUCUGCCUCAGCCUGAAGAUUCAUCAAAGUCUUGGGGUGGAGCCAAACUGAAAGAGCCUUCAUCUGCUCGUGAAUCGGACAAAGAGACGGACAAUGGUGGUGGUGGUGGCUGGUCAAGCUGGGGAUCAAAGAAAGAUCUGCCGCAGACUGAAGAUUCAUCAAAAUCUUGGGGUGGAGCCAAACUGAAAGAGCCUUCAUCUGCUCGUGAAUCGGACAAAGAGACAGACAAUGAUAGUGGUGGUGGCUGGUCAAGCUGGGGAUCAAAGAAAGAUCUGCCUGGUGGUGGCUGGUCAAGCUGGGGAUCAAAGAAAGAUCUGCCGCAACCUGAAGAUUCAUCAAAAUCUUGGGGUGGAGCCAAACUGAAAGAGCCUUCAUCUGCCCGUGAAUCGGACAAAGAGACAGACAAUGAUAGUGGUGGUGGCUGGUCAAGCUGGGGAUCAAAGAAAGAUCUGCCGCAACCCGAAGAUUCAUCAAAAUCUUGGGGUGCAGCCAAACUAAAAGAGCCUUCAUCUGCUCAUGAACCGGACAAAGAGACAAACAAUGAUAUUGGGUGGAUUAAAAAGGGUUCUAAACAAGAUCUUACUUCUGGCUUAGUAGAUGGGGGUGGCUGGUCAAGCUGGGGAGUCAAAAAGGAUCUAACACAACCUGAAUCUAUGGCUAAUGGUUGGGAUGCAUCGAAGAAAAAUGAUGAAAAACCAAAUGGUGACAAGCAGGUUUCUUGGGGAAAAUCUAAUGAAUCGACCUGGGGUACUAGUCUUAAGAAUGCUGGUAACUGGAAUUCUACUGGGGUUAAUCAGCACGCAGAUUACCAAAGGUCAGUAUCUGAAAAAGAAGAGAGCAAAGCACCAUCUUCUUGGGGAAAGCCUAGAGAUUCAUCCUGGAAAAAGAACAACAAUGAAAAUGAGGGUGGCCGGAGUUCUUCUGUGCUCAAUCAAGAGGGAGGUUUUAGAAGCUGGAACUCUACAAAGAAAGAUACCAACUCAACCUGGAAAAGCAAUGAGGCAAUGAUCGUUGGUGGAAGUUCUAGUGAGUUCAAGGUCUGUGGAGAGGAUAGUACGCAAAGCUGGGACACUAAGAAACACGAUAACAGGACAAAGUCCUCUUGGGGCCAAUCAAGCAAUGGCAGCAAGAAUGCUGAUGGCUGGAGCACGGGUAAGGCCUCUGGAGAUGGUGUUUCCAGUACAUGGGAACAGUUAAAAAAUAGCAGUGAAGGUGCUGAAGGUUGGAGCAAGCCAGGUGGAGAGGGUGGUUCUGGAAGCUGGGAUUCACAAAAGGAGGAGAACAAGACCAAGUCUUGUUGGGGAAAACCAAAAAAUAACAAAGACAGCGCUGGUCACUGGAAUAUGAACAAGGCCUCUGAAGAAGGUGACGUCAGUGGUUGGGUUUCCAAAAAACCAGAGGGAAAAUCUCAACCUUCUUGGGGCCAAUCAAACGAUGGCAGCAAGGAUGCUGGUGGCUGGAGCACAGGUAAGGCCUCUGAAGGUGACGUCAGUGGUUGGGUUUCCAAAAAACCAGAGGGAAAAUCUCAACCUUCUUGGGGCCAAUCAAACAAUGGCAGCAAGGAUGCUGGUGGCUGGAGCACAGGUAAGGCCUCUGAAGGUGACGUCAGUGGUUGGGUUUCCAAAAAACCAGAGGGAAAAUCUCAACCUUCUUGGGGCCAAUCAAACAAUGGCAGCAAGGAUGCUGGUGGCUGGAGCACAGGUAAGGCCUCUGAAGGUGACGUCAGUGGUUGGGUUUCCAAAAAACCAGAGGGAAAAUCUCAACCUUCUUGGGGCCAAUCAAACAAUGGCAGCAAGGAUGCUGGUGGCUGGAGCACAGGUAAGGCCUUUGGAGACGGUGUUUCCAGUAGUGGGGGUGACAAGUGUCAGUCUUCCUGGGGACAGUCAGACAAUAGUAGUGAAGGUGCUGGAGGCUGGAAGAAAAAACAGCCUGAAGGAGGUCGUGGCUGGGGCUCUUCGAACUCUGGUGAGUGGAGAAGUAGGAUGAAUCGGCCCCCGAAGCAACAUGGAGGACCAAAUGAUGAUUCUACUGGUGUGGCAUUUACUGCUACCAGAAAACGGAUGGAUCUUUUCUCAUCUGAAGAGCAAGGUGUUCUAUCUGAGGUUGAAUCAAUCAUGCAGUCUAUUCGAAGAAUUAUGCAUCAAUCAGGGUGUAAUGAUGGUGAACCGCUUCCUUCUGAUGAUCAAACUUAUGUCAUUGACAACAUCUUGAAUUACCAUCCUGAUAAAGAGGCCAAAAUUGGGGCUGGAGUCGAUUUUAUCACGGUGAAAAAGCAUAGCAACUUCCAGGAAAGUCGUUGCUUUUAUGUCGUGUCAACUGAUGGCCAGAAUACGGACUUCUCCUACAUAAAAUGUUUAGAGAGUUUUGUUAAGGGGAAAUAUCCUUCACUUGCUGAAACCUUUACUUCCAAGUAUUUCAGAAGGCCACGUCCUGCAGGAAAUCCUUCAUCUCCAAGCCCGGCACCCGCGAGUCCUGCACCUCCAAGUCCGGCACCCACGAGUCCUGCACCUCCAAGUCCGGCACCCACGAGUCCUGCACCUCCAAGUCCGGCACCCGCGAGUCCUGCACCUCCAAGCUGUUGAAUCCUGCAUCAGAAAGCCAAGAUUUUAACUAGUAGAUUUGACUUGUGUACAUAAAUAGACAGUAGUUGCUGUUUUUAAGGCCAAGAUUUAAGUUUAAGCGCUCCCCUAUCCCUGAUUUUUCCCCACCUUAAAAAUUUCACUGUAAGGGAUACUUAUGGGGUCACAUUGAUGAUAACUUAUUUUGUACAGGAUUAGAAGUUUCUUCUGCAGGGAGCAGUGUACAGGACUGUAAUUUCUUGGCAUCUAGAAGCAGGUUUUCACUUUUUCACAAUAAAAAAAGUAGCCUUCAAAAUGAGAAUGUUCCUUUUUAUA